UGUAUCGAGAUCUGAAUUAUAAACAAAAAUACGCGCAAAAAUUGUACAAUUUCCUCUGCUUUCUGCAAUCUAUUAAAUGUUAAGGAGGCAAACAAUGAGUGCAUGUUAAGCAUAUAUUAUUUAAUGUAAAAGAGACGCUAAAUACUCUACAACAUGCCUGGUUAUUUGAAAUACAUCGAGGUGGAUAACUUCAAAUCCUACCUUGGUAAACAAAAGAUUGGACCAUUCAAGAAGUUCUCAGCUAUCAUUGGACCCAAUGGAUCAGGCAAAUCUAACUUGAUGGAUGCUAUCAGUUUUGUUCUUGGGGAAAAAACAUCCAACUUGCGAGUGAGGAGAUUAAGUGAUUUGAUCCACGGUGCACCAGUCGGUAAGCCCGCUGCCAACAAGGCUUCAGUAACUGCCGUGUAUGCUGACCAGGACACUGAGAAAGAGACCGUCUUCACCCGCAUCAUCCAAGGAUCUUCAUCGGACCACAAGAUCAAUGGACAGUCCGUGUCCUCCCACCAGUAUCAAGAGGAGCUGGAGAAGAUUGGGGUGCUGGUCAAGUCCAAGAACUUCCUGGUCUUCCAGGGCACGGUGGAGAGCCUGGCCAUGAAGAAUGCCAAGGAGAGGACCGCCAUGUUUGAAGAGAUCAGCCGUUCAGGCGAACUGAAGGAGGAGUACGAUCAAGCCAAGGCGGAGAUGUUGAAGGCGGAGGAAGACACGCAGUUCAACUACCACAAAAAGAAGGGCAUCGCUGCCGAGAAGAAAGAGGCCAAGAUGGAGAAAGAUGAGGCCGAGCGCUACCAGAAACUCAAGCAGGAAGUGGAAGAGAAGCACCUGGAGCUGUCUCUGGUGCGUCUAUUCUACAACGAGCGAGACAUCGACGAGGUGACAGAGGAAAUCAACCACAAAAACCAUGCACUGGAGAAGGAGAACAAGAAGAGAGACAAGAUUGAGGAGGAGAUCAAGGGAAAGAAGAAGGAGCAGGGCAAGCUACUGAGGGAGCUCACCACCGUAGAGUCAACCAUCAAAGAAUGUGAGGUGGAGCUUAACAAGAAGAGACCCCUGUAUAUUAAGGCCAAGGAGAAGACAGCUCAUAUGAUCAAAAAGCUGGAAGGGGCAAAGAAAUCGCUGAAACAGGCAAAGAAGACCCACGAAAAUCAUGAACAAGAGAUCAACGAGUUGGAGCGAGAGCUGGAGGAGGUGGAGGCAAAGAGGCGUGAGUUUGAAGAGCAGAUAGAGGCCGAGUCCCAGUCCCAAGGUCGUGACCUUGAACUGGAGGAGUCACAGGUCCAGGAGUACCAGCGUCUGAAAGAGGAGGCAGGCAAGAGGUCGGCACGACUCCUGCAGGAGAUGGACACGAUUCAGAGGGAACAGAAGUCAGACCAGGACAAGUACGACAACGAGACGCGCAAGAAGGCCGAGCUGCUUGCAAAGAUCAAACAGAAGGAGCAUGAGAUGGAAGAGAACAAGAAACGCGUGGACAAGCUCAACGAGUACAUCAAACAAAGCACGUCGGCCAUUGAGGACCAGAAGGUCCUGGAGACCCAGCUUGAAGAGGAAGUGACCACGGCAAACCAGAGGAUAGGCGAGAUAGAGAACGAGAUGACCUCCAUCAACGAGCAGUUGGGGGAAGCUAAGGUGGACAAGCACGAGUCUGCACGGGCCAUGAAGAAGGCAGAGUUGUUGGAGAAUUUGAAACGUCUCUUCCCCGGAGUGCAUGGUCGCCUGAUAGACCUGUGCGAGCCGAGCCACAAGAAGUACCAAAUAGCGAUCACCAAGUGCCUGGGCAAGUACAUGGACGGGAUCAUCUGUGACACCCAGAAGACUGCCAAAGAGUGCAUCCAGUACAUGAAGGAGCAGCGGAUUGACCCCGAGACCUUCCUGCCCCUGGACUACCUGGAUGUGAAACCAGUCAAUGAGAAACUCAGAGAGAUCCGUGAGCCCAAGAAUGUGAAGCUGAUAGUGGAUGUGAUCCGCUAUGACCCACCCUCCAUCAAGAAGGCUCUAAUCUUCGCCUGCGGUAACGCCCUCGUGUGCGAGACCGUCGAGGAUGCACGCAAAGUGGCGUUCGGUCUCUCUGAGAGAAAUAAGUCGGUGGCAUUGGACGGGACUCUGUUCCAGAAAUCAGGAGUCAUCUCUGGUGGUGCCAGUGACCUGAAGGCGAAGGCUCGUCGCUGGGACGAGAAGAUGCUGGGCCAGCUGAAGCAGCGUAAGGAGAAGAUGACCAACGAGCUGAAGGAGGUUUCCAAGAAGAAGAGGAAGGAGCAUGAGCUCAACACCAUACGCUCCCAGAUCAAGGGUCUCGAGACGAGACUCAAGUACUCCAUCACGGACAGGGACACCACGCAAACCAAGCACCUGCUGCAGAAUGAGAAAGAUCUGAAGAACUACAGGGAACAGAUACAUUCAUUUGAGCCCAGGGUGCACCAGUUGGAAAGACAGAUGAACGAGCGAGAGGAAACAAUACGUCAGCUGAAAGACCGAACAAACCGUGUGGAGGAUGAGCUCUUUGAGGACUUCUGUGCUCAGAUUGGUGUGGAAAACAUCAGGCAGUACGAAGAGCGGGAACUGCUGGCGCAGCAGGAGAGAGCCAAGAAGAGACUCGAGUUUGAGAACCAGAAGUUCAGACUGCAGAACCAGAUAGAGUUUGAGCGAUCCAGGGAUACGCUAGCUAACGUGAUGAAGUGGGAGCAGGCAGUGACCGAUGACGAGAAAGAACUGGACAAGGUCCGCAACGAAGAGGCCAGGAAUAUGGGGCUGAUUGACAGCGAGAUGCAGAAGGCAGAGAAGUGCAAGCAGCAGCGUAUCACCCUCAAGUCAGGCGUGGACGACUUCGACGCUCAGAUCAACGAGAUCAAGAAACGUGUCAGCGCUCAGAGCAAGGAGAUAGCGGCCGUACAGAAACAGCUGGCUGCCAUGGAAACCAGGCUGGAACAGAAGCGGGCUGACCGUCACAGUCUCCUGAAGACAUGCAAGAUGGACAAUAUCCGGUUACCAAUGCGUAAAGGCACGAUGGAAGACAUCACGCAGAACGAGGCGUCGAGUGCCAUAGAUGGUACCCAGAUGGAUGGCACACAGAGCGAGCUGGGCCCAGACAGCAUGAGCAGCCAGGGCGCCAAGAAGAUCUAUGAGAAGGAGGCCCUUAUCAUCAUAGACUACACCAAACUGGACGACGAUCUCAAAGAACUUGAAGACGCUUCAGAAGUGAAGAAGCACAUAGAAAACCUAACUAAGGGUGUCUCCGAUAUGGUCUCUACUUUACAAAGAAUAAAUGCCCCCAAUAUGAAAGCCAUGGAAAAGUUGGAUGGUGUGAAAGAAAGGCUAAUGGAAACCUCAGAAGAGUUUGAAAACGCAAGAAAGCGGGCCAAGAAAGCCAAGCAGGCCUUUGAAAAGAUACGCAAGGAAAGAUAUGACAGAUUCAUGCACUGCUUCGAGCAUGUGUCCAACAAAAUUGAUGAGAUAUACAAGUCUCUGGCGCGUAACCAGUCAGCGCAGGCAUUCCUAGGUCCAGAGAACCCAGAGGAGCCAUACCUAGAUGGGGUCAACUACAACUGUGUGGCCCCUGGGAAAAGGUUCCGGCCCAUGGACAACCUGUCCGGAGGGGAGAAGACUGUUGCCGCAUUGGCACUGCUCUUUGCGAUACACAGCUAUCAGCCAGCCCCAUUCUUUGUACUGGAUGAGAUUGAUGCUGCAUUGGACAACACAAACAUUGGCAAGGUGGCUGCCUACAUCCGAGAGGAGUCACAGACCCACUUCCAGUGCAUUGUGAUCUCACUUAAGGAGGAGUUCUACAACAGGUCGGACGCCCUCAUAGGCAUCUAUCCAGAGCAAGGAGACUGUGUGAUCAGCAACGUGCUGACCCUUGACCUCACCCAGUAUGAGGACCCGCACCAACACGAGGAGGAUGAGAGACUGAAUCUGCUCAAUGUCAGAUAGACAUUACCUGGAUGAUCAUGCGUCACGUUCCUAGUGUGACUUUAGUGGAGUGUAGCCUGGGGUACAGGUUACUUUAGUUGAAUGUAGCCAUGGAGACAUGGAUUGAGACUUGUUCCAAGUUUAUCUUUGAAUAUGUGUUCUGUUUAUUUCAAAGUGCAAUGGAUCUGAGCCACACUCUGGGAAAAGGGAGCUUAAAGCAUGUGGGUAGUGAUGUUCCAGAUUGUGACCUGCACGGGCUAAUCAGGGAGGACUUUUUGUUCACAAUACACUUUCUUUAAACAAACAACUCCACAACAGCUGGAAGUGAUGUCCCUGACGUGGACUGCAAAGUCUAAUCUGGGAUGUCACUUUACUUCUUUGCAUUAAGCCUAGUUUUCCUAUAGUGAGGCUCAUCAAUAUUUUAUGCUAGGUGAAGUGGGUUUUAAUAAGAGAAUUCUGAUUCAUGGGAGGAACAAAGAACAAAUUCCAUUUGACAUAAUAGAUUAAGCAUGCAUAAAGGAGCGUCAUUAUGUGUUUCAUUCUGAACAUGUGUCAUUGUAUUAUAAUGUAUUACAGUGAAAGAUAUAUGUUAACGUUAUUCAUAACGUCAUAACAAUUUCAUGUAUUUUGUUACUAUGAAUUAAUUAUUACUAUAAAUAUAUGAAUAAGAAUAAAUUUCACAAGUGAAUUACAAUACGUUAACAAUUAAGUUGUUGUAAUAUGUUGUAUAAUCAUUGUUUCAUUAAAAAAAAUCACUUUCAGAGGAUCUUAUAAUCUCAUUAAUGCUAUUGUUUCUUCUAAAUUUAGCGACUAUGGUAAUAAAUGUCAACAGUU